GCAAACUCCAAUGGAUAUUUUCCGCUGCCCUGCAAAGACGGGAUGAUUUCAUUGAAAUUUGUUUCAGAGCCGCUAGUCCGGCUGCAUUCUCGCCUAUCCAAGAUUCUACCUUUCUCCCUUCUUCUGUCGGUAGAGCUCUGCCAUUUAUUCCUGCCUCAACGCGGGUUGUCCAGUAUGUGACAGGCAUAAUGUCUGGUACUUUCGGACGCAGGCUGUACAGCAAUUUCUGGGAGGCGGCAACUCCAUUCCUAGGACGAGGGCUGCGCGUAAAUCGCACUCGCUUUCUUGCUGAUGCUGCCUCCUUAGACAAUUCUAUCUGCAAUACUCUGUUCAAGGGACAUACCAAGAAAUUCUCAUCUCAACCCCCUCGCAAAACCACCCAAAUUACGAGACGAUUCGCAUCUGGAAGCUUUCUUGUCCUCGGCGUCUCUCCAAAUUCUCCGGCGGUAGAAACCGGAGCAACAUGCGCAAUAACCCCGGAGAAGAUAAUAUCACACAGAAUUCAUUCAUUCGAUAGAAACCUGUUCCAUCACCUUGCACGAAACCCAUCGAGGCGAGGAUUCCAUACAAAGAAGGAUGAUGUAUCAAAUGCGAAUCUGCGAAAGGACCCUUAUAAUCAGGGAAAGGAAGAAGCGUCAUCGGAGAGUCGCAAAGACGUUGUAGAUGGCUAUCGUCACCAUGCUGAGGACGCAAAGCCAGUGAAGUAUAAAGGGGAGCACCAAAUAAAUUUUUCAAACCGACAUCUGAUCGAUCGUCUACCGCACAUGCCACAUCUCCAUCGACCGACUAAAGAAGAGUUAUUGGCGGCUGCGAAUGGGUUUUGGUCAAGACUUAAGGUCCGAUUCAAAUGGUUCUCGAUCCGAAGCGUCCGUCCUUUCAACCUCGACGAGAUAACGGCUCUAUUUUCGUGGGUCUUAUUAGGCCAUGUACUUUGGAUUGUUCUGGGCACAACCACUUUUUUCUCUUUAUUAAUCAUUGCAAUAAACACCGUAUUCGCUCAAGAAACCUUGGCCGGGUGGAUCGGCAACUAUCUGACCAGAUCUUCUGGCGUAAAGGUUGUUUUUGAAUCAGCUAUUGUUCCCAAGUGGAGAGAUGGUGUGAUUACCUUCAAGAACGUUUUUGUGUCAAGACGACCUGGUCAAGGAACUGGACAUGUUAGCAAGGGUUCGCCAAAGACCGCUGCUGCCGCCGCUGCCGCCGCCGCCCUAAGCGAGCAAUCUAACCCAGACAUCUCUGCAGUGGAGGAGGAAGACACGAACUAUACCCAAUUUGAUGUAUCAAUUGAGACGGUCAAUGUUACACUGUCAUUUACGAAAUGGAUCAACGGUAAAGGGCUUCUUCGUGAUGUUGAAGUUAAAGGAAUACGAGGCGUGGUUGACCGCAGAUCCGUGUACUGGCCGGAUGAGGACCUAGACCCCAAGUCCUAUCGACACGAGCACAACCCAGGCGAUUUUGAAAUCGACUCGUUUAAAAUGAACGAUCUGCUAGUGACAGUUUAUCAACCCAACAACUUCAGGCCGUUUUCUGUGAGCAUCUUUUCCUGUGAUCUUCCACAACUGAGGAAGCAAUGGCUCUUUUACGAUUUCAUGUCAGCCAACAUGAUGUCUGGUUCAUAUGACAAUUCAUUAUUUACAAUCCAUCCGCGACAAACCCACGGUUUUACUGGUGCACAACUUGACAAUGGGGUAGAAGAGGAUGGCAAACCCAGUCCUUGGAAGAAACAUAGCAGGAUACGCAUCGAUGGAUUGAACAUAGAUCACCUCAACCGUGGGGUUGAGGGGCCGUUUGGGUGGAUUCAUGAGGGAUCGGUAGAUAUUGUUGCUGAUAUCAUGUUUCCCAAGGAUAACGAUGAAAGCCUUGCCAAGGUAAUGGCGGACUUCUACGAUCGGUUAGAAGCCACGGUGACGUCCAAUCGGUAUUCCGACCCAACAUCACCAGGCUCCGAUACCAUGACUUCGAGCGACGAUAGACGAUUCCUUAUCACAGAUUUGCGACUACAUCUGAACAACGUCAGGGCCGUCGUUCCUCUAUUUACACGCGACCUUUCCUACAUCAACAACGCCCUCAUCCGACCAAUUGUCGCUUACAUCAACUCACGGCGUACUUUUAUUCCUGUUAACUGUCGUCUCGUCAAGAGGGUGGGAGACUUUAACGGUAGCUGGACUAUCUAUGAUAGCGGUCUGAUGGAUGAUCUCUCUGCAGAAGUAUAUGACGCGUUUGCCCGCGAUGUAGUAGACGAUCAAGCGCGCAAGCGACGGUUCAAAAAGGUUGGCUUCUGGUCACUUCAAUUGGCUGCCCAGGCCAUUUUUAUGGGAAUGGCUGGGAACAUAGCCUAGCACUGUACUUUUAUGUAUAAACCAUGUGGCGUAUGGCGGUUUAAUUGGCGUUUUUUGGGAUUUUCAAUACUCCACCGACUCCUACAUAUGUGAGGUCGGCAAACUCAUCUUUUAUCACCCAAGGCCAAGAUUUUUUGCCGAAACAUUUAUACCACCUUAUCCUAGUGAUACAGUGAUCACCAGCGAGUGUACCUAAGCUAAGGUAUCUCGCACAUAUGUGUGUACGUCGGCUUACAGGUCGCGCCUUUCACAUUGUAUUAUACUUUUAUAUACUCUUAGACCGAUAACCCCCACAGUUUGAAGGUUGGAUAGCGUUAGUUUUGGUCAUUGUAUAUACACUAGGCUAGAUCUUUCAAGGUGUUGUUUCGAG